GGAGGCAGCCAAGCAACAAUGUUUAGACGGAAUGCGGUCAUGACCACCUGUCAAACUCGACACCGACAAGGGAGGACGUUGCCGGGUUGUAAUGCUUUUUCAUGACCAAAUGUCAUUGAGGACAAUUGUUGGACAUGGUCUCACAUAUCCAGAAACUGGAUGAAUCUCGAUACUACCUACCUUACUCUCUGCAUAAAGGAGAUAAACCUGCAUGAAAGAUUCCCACACCGUGAAGAUGGGCCAUAUGUACACCACCCGACAGCCAUGAGGCUGAGGACCAUUAGAAGAUCCGUCUUAAGCGCCGAAGCUAUGGUCGAUUCCACUGCCACCAAUAGAUACACGCAGGUGGGCAAGGCUUGAGAGCUUCGGAGGCGGAGGGGAGGCCACCAGCAAACCCUCA